CCCCCGCCCCCGACGUCCCACAAACCUUCUACCGCCUUGCCUGCUACCCUCUUGCGAAGUAAGUUCACUCUUAAUUACGUACUCUCUCGACCUCUCGCCCAAUCGCAGUGUUUGGAUUUUACCAAAGAUUUACGCAAAAGUUUGCUCUUCGAUUCUACGAAAAAUCUUAGGGGAUUCGGUAUUACGUGCACGCGAGUGGAAAUAAACUGAUUUGCAACGAGGGCGAAUUCGUGCUUAAUACAAGGAUUUCGCGGUACUUUCCCAAAUUGUGUGAUAUAUAUGUAUAUAUAUAUAUUUACGUACAUAGAUACAUAUGUGUACAUCACGUUUGACGUGCUUGCGAUAACGGAAUGUAAUUCUAGUAACGCAUUGAGAAAGUUGACGAAUUGAGACGUGCGUACGAGUGACGUAUGUGGCGAUCGAAAUAACCUUAAAAUGUGUAUCAAAGACGAAUAAGCGAUAGUAGUAUAUUGCGUGUGUACAAAAGCAAAGCGAGAGAGCAGGAAAGAAUGAGAUGGAGUGACAGAGUGAGAGAGCGAGAGAGAGAACAUGAUAAUAAGUAAACGGAAGACAGAAGUGGGGAACAUGAAAGGAAAAAAAAGGAUGGAAAGAAUUAAAUGUGUUAAGCCGUUUUUGUAUGGACGAUGAAUAAGAAAAAAAAAAUGUAUUUUUUUAUUUUCGAUGUCCUCAAAAACCCACCUCGAAAUUUGUACGAUUUGACAAACUCUCUCAUAAUACCUAGAAAAUCCCACUUUCAAAAUCUGCACCUUACCCACACGCACACACGGUCCACCGAACUUUUAGGAAAUUUUACAUGUUCGCGGGAAAAAAAAUUUUCUUCGCUAAAAAAACAAUACGAGAUUCUUCUCUCAUUUCGCGAUUGCUUUCCGAUCGUUGCGAAAAACUGAUCCUUUCGGUUCGCGAAUAUGAAUCUUCGAAUUUUCACUUAAAAAUUGCGACCCUUCAGUAAUCCAAAUUCCGUGACGUAAUGCACACUUUUCUGAUAGAAGUAUUCACUUCUAUUUAUUUAUUUAUUUAUUAUUUUCAUACCACUAGCGUGUCUAUUCUCUAUACAAAAAUGUGUCUGUCGCCAUUUGCAAUGUCGUCGAUGUGCAUAACGUUCGCGAAAUCGGCAAAGCUCGCCGAUUUUAUCGCGUACCGUUCUCCAAAAUUUCUCUCGAUGUUAAUGCGCACUCUGUCAGAGUACGACUAGAUCGCGGAAACGGAUGUUACCUGAUUUUAGAUCGAUUUUGAAAAUAAAGAAAAAUUCCAAAAUAUAAAAUCAAUAAAUCUUCCGUUCCCACGAUUUUGAAAGUAUCUCGCCUGUUACUUUGUAUCUCGAUGAUUUUGCUGUUUGCUCGCCUCUGUAAAUCAAAAGUACGAAUCUGACAACUCCUACAGAAAACUUCCGGUUCAACAUACGUAUAUCCGACUUUGGUCUCGAUACCGUAAGAUUCAAAAAUAAAAUCAUUUUACCAAUUUACCAUUGUCUGAUGACGACCAAACACCAUACCGAUCUGUAAAAUAAACAAAAAUUCAAUCGUGCUCUCAAUUAUCUGAUUAUACAGUAAUAUCAAAAAAAGAUUUUUUUGACAAGUAACCUUCAUACUUAAUAUCAUGUAAGGAUACACUUCGAAAAAUUCUAACAAUGACGUACGUAUAAGUACUAACGUGGGAACGAUCUCGCGAUUACCCGCCGAAUCACCAUAGCAACAAACACAAAAACCCUGAGAAUCAUUGACUACGAGAUAUACAGGGUGUUCAAAAACAAUCUAGACCAUAUUAUUGUCUCUCCCUAUAAAAUCGAGGAAAUACUUUUAAUUGAUUUUCUUCAAUUUUCUAAGGUAGACAUUAACGCCAAUCCCAAAUGCAAAUUUACUCGAACACCCUAUAUAUAGAAUCUAAGAAACACUCUUUACGUAUCAUCACGGUGUGCAUAAGAAAUGCUAUUAACUCUCUCGUGUAUUAAUGUUGCAUGUCUCUCUGUCUAUACGUCUUUAAAUCUUGUACACGUCUGUAUGUUUGUCUGCCUGUCAUUGUUGGCUGAUCUACUACGUUGCGGCUUCUCUUGUCUUGUGAGCUCGACUUAAUUUUUACGAGAGUUAUUCAGUCGAAGAGAACAUUUCUCACGUAUUUCACGUGUCAUUAUUAAUAUUAUAUAUAUAUUCAUGAAACAGGAGAAAAAAAGGAGUAAUAUUUUAUUAUAAAAUUUAUUGGUCCAACAUUAAUUACGAAUCUAUUCAAUUGAUCUGAUUAAGUUUCAUCAUAUUUAACGUAAAUAUCGUGAAAAUAUAUAAUCGAUAAUUUUCGUAAAAUAUGUAAGUCGAGUCGCGUUAUUUCUCUCUAUAUGAUCAAUUUUUCUAUGAUAAGAUGUUUAGAUAAAGACGCUUUAAACGUCCCUGGAAAGUCUGUUUGACUAUUCCGUAAUCCCAUCUACCCCAUUUCCAAUUUUUCACAUCUUAACGAUCAUCCCUUAUAAAUCGUUUACCCGUGUAUUUCUCGUUCCACGACGUUACAUACAAAACAAUUGAAUUGUCUGAAAUAAUAUACUUGAAGUCAAUUACUUAAUAAACCCGAGAAUAUAUAUUUAAUUAGACGAAAAAUCGCAUUCUUUUUUCUCGGAUAUAUCAUAUAUAUCGAUCUCAUCAUAUUACUAUAUACUUAUAUAUGAAGGAAAAAGGAUGAGCGCUAUAUAACCGAUCCACGAUAGUCGGUAUCUAUUUUCCAAAAACGAAAUUAAUGAUUUUUCGUAAAUUGCUUAAUUAAAAAAAAAGAAAAGAAAGACAAGAAAAAUCUUCAUUCAAAUCCACUUAUAAUUCGUUCUUGAUAUUAUGAUAAUAUUUUUAAAGAAAAACGUGUCAGGUUUUUACGUAAUGAAAACCAAGAUGGCUCCCGACUAUCUCGGAACGGUCUGUACUUAUGGGAAAUAAUAAUUUCUAGUAUUAAUCGCACCUUGCGCUACCUUAUUUAUCCAGGAACUUCUAUUAAACUUCGUUUGUAUCUUAUCUAUACUAUACUAUACAUACUAUACUUACUUACUAUAGCUUACGUAACCCUUCUAACUCCCACUAAUCUCACAACCCUCGAUGUUUCUACGAUGCAUGUUACUAAUCUAUCUAGCCUACGAUUACUGUUCUGUACUAUUACGCUACGUGUGUAACGCAGAUAAAUUUAGAUAAAAUGUCAUCUUCAACUAUAUCUACUGUGAGUGUGACGUUAAGAGACCCAACCACCUAUGCUACGUACGAUCCAAGUGACCUCGCUACCCUUAAAAAUAAUAAAAUUCAAAUUACCACCAAGCAUAUGAAACUAUUCAAAAAGGCAGUCUUUAUAAGACGAGAUAAAAAAAUUUUCGAAAUAACAAAAAAAUAUAUUAAUCGGAUAGCGACGAUCUUGACGUACGUAUACGAAGAAAUGAUAUCCUGUUGCGAAAGCUCGAAGAACGCAUUUAUCUAAAUUUCCAAGUUUCCCCGUAACGAGAACAAAAAAAAAAGUUGAAAUAAAAAUUUUCUCUUCGUUCUAAUCUUAUUAGCUAAGUCAGUAAAGUGACUAUCUCGUCUGUAACUACGUAUAAAUAAAACGUAUACCCUAAAAGCGCGUUCGCCUAGAUAUUCAUACAUAAUGCGUGUGUGUCUGUUACAUAACGUGCAUAGAUAAAUGCAAUGCCAUGUUGCUGCUACUGUUACUGCUGGUUAAUGUCGUGUGUUGUUGUUGUUUCUCGAUAUUCAACGUAAAUUAAUGAUGUACGCUAUUAUUGACACGCAUUACGAAAUACGUCAUGGUAAAAAAAUUUAUACCUGUUGCAAGAAUAUUUUAAAGAAAUUUUAUCUCUCUUUCGCUUUGUACGUUUCAUCGUUACCCAGUAUCCCAUUUCUAAAGUUUCUUUUUUUCUUCAAUUUUCGAUUUCCUUUGGUUUCCUCUAAUGUUCUUUUUCAUUCCUUCCCUCUCUUUACUAUCGGAAUCACAAAGCCGUGGAAUUUGGGUGCAAACACACUCGUCUACUAAAACACGUUAUAUAACCCAUACGAAUCUUCUACAUGCUAAAUAACACGUCUACGUCUUUUGCAAUUCUCGUUCAGUACGCACCAGCCCGCGACACAGUAAACAAUGGACGUUUGAACGUUAUACACGUGAAAGAAAAAAAAUAAAGACAAAAGUACAGAUUUAUACGGAAAUAGAUGUAUUGUGUAAUAACUGUUAGAGCGCAUGCGCAAUUGAAGAGAAUCUCCUUCACACUAGAUGGAAAGUAACGGAUUUGAUACUCAAUAUUCUAAUGAUACCAAUACAGUAAUACCACCUGUGUGAGGAUAACGUAAUCAGCUUAUAAAAAGAACCGAUCUGAUUCGACCUAAUGAAAAUUUAAUUUAAUUGGAUCAUAUUGAUUGUGACUGAUCAAGCGUCUAAGGUACGCUCUGUAGUAUUGGUCUUAUUAUAUCUUCUCGUGUAAAAAAAAUUUGAAGAUUAAUUACUCUCUAUACUUUCUAUCCAAGAUAGCUGUCCCGUGGAGGUUUCGUCGAAUAUAUCUAUUCGAUUGUUAUAUCGGCUUUCAAUCGCCACCAUUCAGAAAUCAAUUCUCGAUCGAUCGGAAACGACUGAAUCUUAUCUCUAGAUUCCAAUCGAAUCGAAUUUUCUGGAUUCAUCUUGUAGAGUCCAUCUUUGAUCUUCUUUGGGGGGGAGCAAAAAAAUGAUAAAGUAAAAUCACUUCGACGUCGCUUUAUGCCCCUUUAAACCAUGAAGUAGAAGCAGAAUCGAGCCAGUCAAAAUUUUCUUUAUCGACGACUUGGACCACGGACGUCAACUGACGAACAUUUCUCCUACCAUGUCCACGACCGAGAAGCUUUUCUCAAUUCUUUAUCUAAGCCACCCUAAGCCGUUGAGCGGCAACGUGGCACGUGAUAUCAACAAAAAAAAAGUAAGAGAGAGAGAAAGAUAGAGAAUGAGCGAGAGAGAGAGAGAGAGAGAGAGAGAGAGAGAGAGAGAGAGAGAGAAUAUACACCUUGCACGUACUUAAUGUGUUUCGUAGAUUCCAAUUUAAAAGAAUAAAAUACCAUCCCCCCCUCUGUAGGUCCGUCUUGACGCCAAUAAAAUCAAAUCCCGACUGCCAUUAUCAACGGCAGGGAACAUCGAACACGUCACGUUGCGCAAUGCUCUUCGCGAAUUUCCUUUUAUUUCACGAUUCGUCGUAAAAAAGUCGAUUCUCCCUAUAAGCGCGACCUUUUUCCUCAAUCUCGUCCCCCAUGUCCUCUCUCCACGUCCUACAAUUUUAUUUCCUCCCAUACUUUUCACUCUUACCAUAAUUCCCUUAUUUCUUUCUCUCCUUUCACGAGAAUCUCGACCCAUUUAUCAUUCGAGCAAAAUCAUUAUCGUUCGUGUCCACGUGACACUGUAUGAAAUUUUCGUCGGACGUGAGAAGGAAAAGGCGAAAUGAAAAAAAAAAAUAGAGAAAAAUAGAGAUAAAAUAACAGCGCGUUUCAAGGCGGUCCUAUACCAAGGCUAGGCCGGACGUGACGUAUAAAAAAUAAAAAUGAAAAACAUUUUAUUGAUCGAUCUUACCAAUCUGUAGGAUUCAUUGACAAGAGCAUUGUUAGACCCGAGAUAACAGAGGGGGGACAAGAAUGGCCAGGUGUUACCUUUUGAAUGCGCCGAAAGCAAAAGAAAAAUUAAGAAAAAAAGAGAUAAAGAAGGGAAUACCUUAUAAUAGUAAAAAAAAAGAAGAACACGAAUUUUUCUAUGUACAUAGUACCUAUUAUAUCUACACCCGUGUUUAAUUGCGUGCGUAAUAUUAUCCUUUGAGCGAACGUUAAUUAAUGAUGAAAAUGGGGAAAAUGAUGAAAAAAAAAGGAAUUCCAACUGCAUCGCAAACAUGAUUCUUCCGGCUAGAGAGGGAUUCCGUCUUGACGGUGUUUGUCGGGGGUGUGAAGAAUAAAAGAAAAAAAAAAAGCAAGAAAAGAAAAUAUGACGACAACAAGUAUUGACGAGAGGAUCUUUCGAGCCGGCAGAAUAUCUGGGGCGUCACUCGUAACCAAAAUGACUAUUCAGAGACAACGACACAACGCAUUAUGAAGUAAUAAUGAUACUUAACAUUAUUAACAUUAUUAUUACGACAAUUAUGAUUAUGAUGGUGAUGAUGGUGAUUAUUAUUAUUAUUAUUAUUAUUAUUAUAAAUAUUAUACAUAAAUAUAUAUAUAUAUAUACAUACAGUAGCGAAAGGUACGAUGAAGAAAGUUAGUGGAUAAGCGAGAGAUAUUGAAACCGUGAGAUAAAAUAAUUAGGCUUUAGCUUUGUACGUGAGAGUGCUAAAUUAAAAGAAAAGAAAAAAAAAUGAAAAACCAAAAAGGAACGAAAACUCAAAAAUUAAGUGAUAAUCAAUGGAGGGAAAGCAUACGUAUGAUUGGCGAUGAUUUAAAAGAUUGUUCUUUUUUUUUUCGAUUGCCAUUUGGUCAAACAAAUUCGCGUACCAUCGUCCUUGAGCGGACUUGUGCGAUUUUUAGGAUAUGGUUUUUGCAAACUGGAUCGCUCGCAUUUCCAACGAAAUUUGCAAUUCUACAUAUGGCUGAUGGUCUGUCGAGCGUUUGUGCAUCCGCCUGCAUAUCCAACCGCUGACGUUAUUCUUACGAGUUUCUUCGAGACGCCCGUUCGUAUUGCGAAAAUUUCAGUCAGCAGAUCGGAUAUUCGAUAAACAAGAAGCAAUACUGUCGAUGCCUAUAAUGUUAUUAUCAAGCCUUUGAAGAAAGAAAAAGGGAGUAAGACGAUAAAGAAAAAAAAAAAAUCUUGAGUGAUGAAAAUAAAAACCAAUAGCUUAAGGUUGUUUAUCGCGAAACACGUCACGACACACGACUGAUCACGUAACAUUCCAUGCAGAAAUCUCGAUCGUAGCGAAAUUUCGACAGGAGUUUAAGGUUAUUGAAGAAGGUUUGAAGUUCGCAUGAAAUUAUUAGCAGGUCGCAGUAUCGCUGACGAUCGAAAACUGUCCGAGCUAUCGAAUGACAAUUAGACUGGUCGUGGACCCAAAAAGCCAAGAAACAUUAAAACCAGAUGAAUAUUCGCGAAUAAAGUUAGAAAGCACCCAAAAGAUUAGAGAAAUCUUUAUCGUUUCUCUUGUGCCCAAAAAUCGCACGAAACUUGCUCAGGAGUUAGGGGGAAAAAAAUAAUUAAAUUGCAAAGAGACAGAGACGAAGGUUUGAACCAAGAGAGCGAAGAUAUUAAAAAAAUAAAAGAGAGAGACAAGAAUGCGAGAGAAAGGAUAAAUACAAAGAGCGACGUAAAAAAAAAAAAAAAAAAAAAAAAAAUUAAAGAGAAAAAAAUGGUGAAUAACAAAAUGGGAAAACCCUUGUAUAAAGUAGCGUGCGUAGUGGCUAAAAAAUAUUGGUACAGGAAUAAAAAGCAAGAACGAGUUUGUUGUUGAACAUAAUAUUAUGUAACAUUUAAAAAUGACGAUGAAGAUGACGAUGAUGAUAAUAUUAUAUUGUUGUUAGAUAUAUAUAUAUUAUAUAUAUAUAUUGAUAUAAAAAUGAAAUAAUCUAGAUUUUAAGGGUCGACACUAUAACACGGCACACAUAACCACACGCGCGCACACACGAUUACACACGAAUACACAUCGACACGGUUUCGUAGAAGGGCCCUGCGUAGAGGGGUGCCAAAAACACAAGACACGCCCCUGGGCAUGGUUUCCACUUUGCAUUCAUCCUCGUUUUUCUUUGUUUUCUUCCUUUACAAAGUGUAAAAUACAUCAAGUGGAUACGCGCCUUCUUGUUCGUUCGUCAGACAACUUUGCAUUCGGAAGGAUACGUGCGCUUCGGGUGUUUUCGUCAAUACCCGCAGUCCACUUAUACUUGAGGAAUGAAUAUUAAUAAAUUAAAGAAGAAAAAAAGAAACAAUUUCUUUUGUAAUUAUUACUCUUCUCGAUCGUCAAAUCAAAUCGAGCGUAUCCAUGAUAGACGGUAAUCGAGCUUUUCAUCCGUCUACGUUUUAUUUAACCCACAAAGUAUUUCCGUUUUAAGACUCUUCUCCUUCGAGAUAAAUAAAUAGGGGGAGUGAGAGUCAGAAUUAUUGGAAGAGAGAGAGAGAGAGAGAGAGAGAGAGAGAAUGAGAAAGAGAGAGUGAGAGAGUAAAAAUAAAAAAGGAAACUGACGAAAAAGUAAAAAGCCACUGCGGGGGCGCGCCACACCGUUAUAGCUCUUAUUACUAUAGUAAUAUUACGAGUAAUAAUAAAUAAAAAGGAAAAUAACAAAAAGUAUGCAUUUAUGUUAUUUAGUUCUAACCAUUGAAACGUGAGGAAAAAAGCAUAAUGAAAAAAAAAAAGAAAUAAAUCGAUCAUGUUACCAAAACGCAUGUUGUACUUGAUUUAACAACGUCCCGAAAUUCCUUCCUUGAAUUUGCAAAUUCUUUCUUUUCACGACAAAACUAUUCAGCAAGAAUAAUAUUUUCAGAAACUGUAUAGCUUCCAUGUUUGUUUCGUCGAGUCUGCAAAUUACACGCGAGUCGUCAACCUAGAUACCGAUUGUGCCUUACGCAACGGUCUAAAAUACCAAUGUCAGAAUUGCUUAGAUCGACAAACAUAUUUCGUGCGCCGAGUUGGGCGUCAUUUUAUUUUCCAUGGGUCAUUGAGCAGUGCAAUCAAGAUUCUCAGUCCGUGAGGACGUCAGGGUCGUGAACGUUUUAGUAGAAUUUUUAUACUUUGUCCGGCAGAAGUUAAACGCAACAUAUACAGCGUAUACUUGGGUUUUCUUCAUAAUAUGGGAUAUCUGAAGUGCUUGUAGCAUAAGAGAAGAGCGUUAAAAAUAUAAUAGAUAAUAAAAAUGACAAGCAUGGAGAAUCCAUGUGUAAUGGUCGCGCUGGUUCUUACGUUCCUGAUGAGAAUCAUCGUGGCCGACGAUGCCAUUCUUACGGUGAACGUGAAAAAGCCUAUAGCAAUAGUCAGCGAGAAAUUUCUCAGCAUGACUCUGGAUCCAGCUGUACUACUUACCGGGGACGUACUCACCUCGAGUACGGAAAGGAGCACCAAUAUGGCAAGAGGACUUGCACCAGCUUACGUCCGCCUUGGCGGAUCGCACAGCAAUUCAUACACGUUUGAGCGAGCCCUCUUUCCUCAGGAUGCUAAGAGCGAUCCAGACUACACAUUUUCUGAGGCGCAUUGGGUUCUGGUACAGCAGUGGGCUGAGAAGGCGGGACUUGAGGUGAUAGCGUGCAUUGCACCCCAACAAACUAACAGUGGUUCUCAACCUCCAACUUGGGAUCCUAGAAACGCCCUGGAUCUCAUCUCCUUCAGUGAUCACAUGGGAUACAACAUGAGCUGGCAAUUGGGCUAUGAAUGUCAAACACGAUGUGACAUACCUGGCAAUGAUCUUGGAAAGGAUGUGUUGCGCUUGCGAAAUAUGCUUGACGCUUUUCCAAGGUAUUCAAGUAGUCUGAUAGCUGGACCAGAUAUAGUCACCUUUAAGAGCAAACAGCAACUGCAAUAUCUUCAGGAUUAUCUGAACUCGGCAGGACCGGCGCUCUCGGCAAUAACCUGGCAUCCAGAUUUAGCUGGUAUCACUUUGGACUCUGAUGGUGUCUCUCUUUUGCAAGAUAAUCUCGCUGCGGAGAGAGACGCUCUUUAUAAAGUUGUUGGCCGUUCCAUUGCGAGGAAGCCACUUUGGAUAGCCGAGUCCAAAUCUGAGGAAUGCAAGAGACAAUUUUUGGGUGCCCUCGUUUGGGCCAGAAGACUCGGAAAUUCUGCUAAACUUGGAAUUCAAGUUUUUAUGAGGCAGCCUGACACGUCAAACUUGUUUCAUCCAACUCCAGACUACUGGGUAUCCUUACUUCACAAGACUCUGGUGGGCCGUGAAGUUCUGGACCUGAAAGUGACAUCGGGAAAUAAGACACAUGUUCACUUUUAUUGUCAAUGUACCAGACCUUCUUCGAGGUACGAAAAAGGCUCAUUAACCAUCUUUGGCUUGAACUUGACACCUAGUAAGAUUGUGGCCAGCCUGAAGGGCCUGAAGAUUAAGACGAUGCACAAGUACAUACUGAUGCCAGGAUAUGACAAUUCGAAUAGAAUGUUUGCUGAGACUGUACUACUCAAUAACGAACCCCUGAGUCUUGUUAAUGAAAAGGACUUGCCCGAACUAAAUCCCGUGGUUGUACCCAGCAGCAAAGGCAUGCUCUUAAAACUUCCAUCAGGAGGGAUAGGUUUCUGGGUUGUUCCUGGUCUGAAGGUCAAGUCCUGUAUGAGUCACGAGGAUGACAGCAUCGAUAAAAUGUUGCUCAAGAAACUGACCAAAAGGCUUGAGGAGGCUGAGCUCGAGGAGGAUGCUGGUCACGAGGACGAGGAUGAUCAGGAUUUGUAUGCGGAUUCGACGGAGGAAAGGAAAAGUUUGAUAAAGCAAAAGAAGAAGAAACGAAAGCAUCGACACAGCGAGGAGGAAGAGGAUGAGAGAAAAUUUCGAAAAAUCGAUGCCAAGAAGGAAUUUGAAAAACUUGAAAAAUUACUUAAGAGAAGGGAUAAUAAUAACGAGGAAAGAAAAUCUCUUAAUUCAAAGGGACGCGUAGGACUCUUAAUGUACGAUGAGAGUAAUGAGAAGGAUAAUACGCUUGAAGAUGAGACUUCGAUUGUUCAGUUGAAAGCAAGCGGAAGACAUGACUCCGGUGAAGAAAUACGGGCUAAAUUAGAAGAAUAUAAAAAUCGAUUGAACGAAUAUGAGAAUCGAAAGAAAGUACAGGAAGAAAUGGAUUUGGACUUUGAAGAGAAAAAAAUUAAUUCAAAAAUAGAAGAAGAUUCGAAGGACGUGGAUACUCAAAAAGCACUUGAAGCACUCAAGCUCAUAGCCAAAGUAGAACAAGCCAUGAAGAGUCUCGACAAAACGGAGGCUAAUGCACAAAUUGAGACAUUGAAGAAGGAACAUUCUAAUGGUCCAAUAUCCGAUUUGACGGCUGCUAAUUCAGAUAAUGACGAAGACAUUCUCGAGGACGAAUUGCAGAAAUCGGAAAAGACUAAAAGAAUGAUCCUUCCAAAAUUAAUGAUUGAAAAUCAAUUAAGUGCUAUUUUACAGUUAUUGAAUGCUGAUAGUUCGAAUAAGGAACGACCUGAGAAGGAUGCACCUUAUGAUCCUGAGGAGAUGAGGGAAACGAAAGACGAAUAUAAAAAUGAAAGAUUCAAAAGAGAUUUGGAUAAAUUAUUUGGGGAGGAUCCUUUAGGACUGAGACGGGAUAGUAUUUUCAAAAAAAGAACAAAAAAUGAAGAAGCGAAGGAACGUAGAAUGGAAAGAAGAAACCGAAAGAAGGAGAAGGAGGAUGCCCUGACUAAAAAAGAAGUUCAAGCCGGUAUUUUUGAUCCCAAGAAUAUUGACAGUAUUGAGAAUAAUUUCUUUGGAUUUCAGCAACGAGAACCUUCGGCAAACUUUCCUCGUGGCGAUGUUUUCCUCAACACUGGGACUUCAUCGGAGGAAAUUGAAAAUGAUUAUGACUAUAUUCAGGAUGACGAUGAUAUGGCGACUGAUCAAAAAUCUCUCAAGAAAUCGAAGAAGAGAUCGAAGUCUAAGACCAGAACGCCCUCUAGAAAAACUGCUGAACCGGAUGACACGUGGGUAGAAGAUGGUACCGAUGGACUCGAUCAUGCACCAAACGAAUUUUACGAAAACGUAAGGAUGCCCAUGAUACGUAUUAAUGAAAAAUUAAAGGAUUAUGGCGAGCUGUGGGAAGCCGAAUCUCUGCAGAAAGGAUUCGGAGGAAUGGACGAUACGAAAAUCCAAGCUACCGACACAGUUGCUGAAGAGAUAGUGAAAGAGAAUCAUCUGGACGAAAAUAUGGAUAAACGGGCGAAAGAAACAACAGUGAAGAAGCUGCUUAAAUAUUAUGAUAAUUCCGAAGUAAUGAAUGACGAGCCUGAAGUAGAUUUCUCUGGAGAGAAAUUGGGCAAACGAAAGCAAAAAUUAAAAUCGUCAUUAAAGAAAGAUUCUAAAAAUGGAAAAGAACUUUCCUCGCAUAGGAAUAAUAAAGAUCAGGUUAGCAGUAAGAAAAGAGUGAAGGUCGAAGAAUCUGAAGAGGAAGAGGAAGACGAAGAUUUCGGAUCAAUGCAAUUCAGAAAUACUGAAGAAUCCGAGGAGGAACCAAUCUAUGAGGAGGAGAGCACAGAGGAAAAGCAAAACAGAAGAAGAACCAGAAGAAAAAUCAGUGAUCUCGAUUCUAUCUUCAAUAACGAAAUGAUCAAUCAAGACGAUGACAAUUUAAAGGAUUGUCAAUGCAGAGUGAUUCGAGGUGGCAGAUGGGCCGAUCAAUGUAAACAUUACAAAUCCAAAAAUGACCGAAAAAGGCGCGAUCUCGAAGAACCCGCAAAUCUCUACAGUGCUGGAAAUGCUCAUAACUCAGAGAAACUCAUAACCCCAGAAACCGAUUCCACGCUGCAGAACAAUGUAGAAAUAACUGAAUCUAACGAAGACGAAGAUACAAAAGGAAUGGACUUAAAUUCAAGAACGGCGGAAGUCGUUCAAGCGUCCCCGAGAAUGCAGGAUGCUGAAGAAAUCCUUUCAGUAAGUCCGCUAGUUACUGAAGAAAAACCAAUAGUUGGAAUAAUUCAAGAAACCCACGAAGAACCAGCUCUACUAACACAAGAGACUCCAGCUAAACAAGUUAAACGGUUGAAUAAAUAUUCCGAGUCCGCAGUGACGGACAAUUUAAAUGAAAACUCCAGCGUAAUCAACACUGGACAGAGUAAAGAUCCUAGAGUCGAAAUCGUGGAAAAACCGAAAGUAGGGAGUACCUUUCGUGAGAAAUCUGAAGAAGAGUAUAAGGAAAUGGAAACAAAUUUGCAAGGAGAGGCAGGAGCGUCUGAGAAGACUUCAACGUUGGAGAUGGUUCGAGUGCCUGAAGUAUCUGAGCACUUAACGGAAUCUCACUCUAUUCCGAAUCCUGCAGUAAUACCAGCAGUCAACGAUAUUAGCAUCGAUAACACAGAACACAACAGUAACAAUGAUAAUACUAAAUACCUGUCCAAUAUACAAGAUCAGAACGAGGACAAUAAAGUCAUUGAAGCAACAAGAGAAACUGGAACAGAUACAGUAAAAAUGGAAAGACAGAUCAAUCAAGAGGAAGAAUCAAAAGUUGAUGAGAAAUUCCCAUCCGAAGCAACAGCUAAAUUGAUUGAGGAAAUGAAAUCAGAUAAAGACAUUAAUAUUGAACAGAACCGUGCUCCUAGGAAAAUGACAGAAGAAUCCAUCGGUAAUGGACCGCAAGUUGAAAUAACUGCUGCCGAGAUUAACCAGUCUUCGUCACAAAAAGUAGAACCGGUGGGUUCGACAAAUGUAAAUACGAAUGACGUCGUUGCCCAAAAUGAUAAAGUUGAUAGCACCAAAGAAAAGCCGAAGACCCUUACAAGUUUUGAAGAUUUGGCAAAAGCAUACGAGACUAAAGCCGCAGCGAAAUCGGAAGCUUUGACGAAUUUGAGGAAGGAAAGUGAGAUGAAAAAAAUAGAAGUAAAGAAGGUUAUGGAAACUGCAAAAUUGAAGUCGACGGAAAAUGCAAAGUAUCAGGAGUACCAAAGGAAACGAGCGGAAAAAUUGGAGAAGUUGAAAGAAAAAUUGAGGGCGAAACGAGCUAAGAUUUUGCAGCAAUAUCGCGAGGAGCUUUUGGAAGCUUUAAGCAAGUGCGACAGCGAAGUGGAAAGGAAUCUUAAGAGAAGGGAAAUAUGGGAAGAAAUGAAGAAUCAUAAGGAUCUUCAAGACGUUGCCGAUAAAGAAAAACUCGCUUAUAUAAUGAUGUACAAACCGAUAGAUUACAGUUCUAUAAGAGAAGAAAGUGCCGAGUCAAAUGUCCAGGAAAGAAGAUAUAUACCGGAAGUUGAAAUAACGAGAUCUCUGCCAGAUCAUAGAAUGCAAAGAAUAAGCGUGGAGAAUCGUCUUCAUACUUUUCAAGAUCCAAAAAUAAUGCAUUACGAGGAUCUAUUGAGAACCGAUAAUAAUUUUGAAAAUUCGAAGAAGACACUGCAACAAGAAUUGAACGAUGAAGAAAAUUUGGAAAAUAGUCUCCAACCGGUUAAAUCUUAUUACGCUAUUGUGGAGAGCAUUGAGAAUCCAAAAAUAUUCGAAGAAAGUUUAUUGAAGGUAAAUAGGAAAUCUGCCAAACAGAAAAAUAAUUAUUUGAAAGAGAGUAAUGAUAACUUUCUUUGGACAAACGAUCCCUAUGAAUUAGAAAAAUAUUAUAACAAAAAACAAUAUAAGGAUGAUCAUCUGAAUAUAGAAAUGGACCACAAUGAUUUGCAAGAUUUAUACGAAAUCCCUCGUCAUGCGAAAGAAAAUUUAAGAGAAGAAAAAAAUGACUUAAAAUACUGGAAAAGCAAUCAUCAAGAUGAGGAUGAAAAAGAAAAUCUGAAUCGUCCAUUACUCGCAAUUGAUGCUUCAAAGUACAAAGGUGGAGAACCUAAAUUGGAAAUUCACGAUGAAAAUUACGAAACGGAGGAUACGCUUGAUGAUUUAGAAGAGAAUGGAAAAGUGUGGAAAAAAUAUAACAAAAAGAACUAUAUAAAUACCAGCAAAUCGCCUUCGAAGAAGUAUAAAAAUUCUGACAGUCCAUUAUCCUUUGUCCUUGGCAUGGUAGAUAAGGAUAAAUCCGCGCAGAAUAGCGAAGAAAGUGAAUCGUUGGAAUAUAAUUCGAAGAAAAAUCAAAAAAUUAAAAAAACAUCGAAAUAUAAAUCAUUAAAUCCUGCAGCGAUGGACCAGCAUAUUCCAAAAGCAUUCUACUCGAAUAAACGACAUCCGCAGACAAUGGAAUCCCUAAAAACUGAAGGAUAUCUCGAAAAUUACAAAAAUCCUAUAGAAACAGUGAAAAAGGCUGCAUUCCCAGUAGCGGAAAUUGCGGAAAUCGAAAAAUACGAAAAUCGUAUAGACGAAUCCGUCCCCGUUGAGUCCGAAGCGACGCUUGUGAAUCAUUCAGACGUAAAUGACGAAAGUAACGUUCGUGUACGAAGAUAUUUGGCGGCUGAUUCAAAUCGGCCAAGCGAAGAACCUUCAAUGAGAUGGCGACCAUUAUUUUCAAAGUCCAAAUUAUCGAAAAGAAAAGAAAGAAACGUAGAACGUGGAAAAUGUAACUAUAUGUGCCUUAAGGAAGACUCGGGUGAAUCUUCAGCAGAAGAUCAAAACAGACUCUUCAAAUUGGUCAAAGAGGAGGACCACUACAAAGCCGUUCCUGUAGAAAAUGUUGAGAUCAAGGAGAAAUACGUUUCCAAGAAGAAUCUUAAGUCUUCGGAGUACAGUAACAGCAGAAAACACAUGAGUCCCAAGUACGAUAAAUAUGUCUCACAGGAAGUUGGAUCUGAAGAAUCGCCAAGAGAAUUUUCCCCUGAAAUUGUGUCCUUUAGAAAAAAUAUCGAGCAUCGUCCAAUAAGUCAGUAUGAAAUUAAUGAUAUUAUUCAAAGUGGAAAAUAUAAUUGGAAGGAUAUUACAAAAAUGAAUACGAACAAGGAAUACGACCCAAGAAUGUAUAAAGAUAUGAACCCAACAGGAAAAAGUCCACGUUACGUGAGAAAGGAUUCUCAGGAAGUCGAAGAUCAUCGCCAAGACUACAAGGAUCAGUCUGGAAGAAUAUCUUUGAGAAAUUCGGAAAAUCAUUUUGUCAAAAUGUACGACGACGGUGACUUCAUAAAUAAACAUCAGGAUCUUUUGGUUGAUUUACCCAAAAAAUAUCCAAAUGGAAUCCAAGUCAGAUUUCAUCAGGAUGAAGAUGGACCCUCGAUUAGUAACGACGAUGAUAUUGAUUCUUUGGAUUUGGAUGACGCACUUGGCUCCAGCAAGUACGAAUUACUGAUGCUGAUACCGGUAAAAAGUCACAAACGAAGCAGACAUCGGCGAGAGAUAAGAAACGAAAUUACUAGAAAUGAAGAAAGUAAUAACAGUGGCAUGAACGAAGUUUGGCCGGAAGUUAUGGACAUUAAGCAUAAUGCAAAACAUCUUCAGGAUUACAUUGCAAAGCGGAAGGAGCACGCUGAGGAGUUUGAGAAAAUUCAAAAAGAUAUAGAUUGGUAUUUGAAAAAAAUGGGAAAGACAAAGAACAAAGACAACACUUUUUCAACAUAUCCUAAUACGAUUGAAAUUCUCGAAAAUAAGGUGAUGCCGUAUGAACACCCAAAAAGUAAUAUUUUCAAAACCACGAUUCGCCCUACCGAAGAUAAUGAUCCGAAAAAGACGAGUAAUUUUGAGGAAGUACUUGAAAAUUCAACACCAACAUCCUUUUUGGAGGAAGUCAUUCCAAAAAUUGCUACCGAACUGACGAAGACAUUCGAAAAGACCGGAAAUCUGACAAAUUCCUUAGAAAGCUUUAUUGACGACUUUCAGGGCAGAUUCAACGAUACCUUAAAAAAUAAGCAAAACGAAACUAUUGAAAAUCUAUCUCCGACAAGAAAAAUUACCCAUAAUGUUUUCAAUACUGUCAUUACACAUGUUAACAAGUUUUUCGCUUUUAUAUCUGGAUUAGCUCGCAUUUUUCACAGGCAUUAAUUAUAUAACAAUGUCAAAUACUUUUCCUUAAUUAUUUAUUUUUUUACUUUUAAAUCAUUAACAUAACAUUAAUAAUAAAUUUUUAUUAUACCGUAUAUAUAAAUUUAUGUACAAAUAUCCAUCAAGCAUUAACAGCCUAUUGUAAUAUUAUCCGUACGCACACAUUGUCCCACGAUGAUGUUUAAAGAAUAUUAAUAAACAAAAAUUGAUUAUACGUCA